AUGGCCCAGAAAAAUGACUUUCAAUUCUCCAUCAGGGAAUAUAGACCCUCAGAUGAACAUGGAGUCAUGUCACUCUUCCGUGAUGGCAUCCUCGAAAAUAUUUACCCGGCCUUCUUCAAGGCCUUGAGCCACCCAGACCACAUUGGUGUGGCUCUGAGUAUUUCCAUGGCUGGCUACGUGCUGGGAGGCAGCUCCUACUUCCAAGCUGUACUCUUUGGCAGUGCAUGGGCUGGCCUCAUUUAUUACUGCUGCCAUGAGAUCUAUGAAACCUACAUGUUGAGGAGGCUGAGCACAGACAUGGCCAACAUUCAAGCCAGCUACCUGGACAACCCAGAUAACGGUUUCUGGGUGGCGGAGGACAGCGCCAACGACCAGUCCAAGGUGGUGGGGAUGGUGGCGGUGAUGGGGAAGAAAGGAGGUGAUGAAAAUGAGAGGUGUGACGACUUGAACGGAGGAGUGAUGAGAGGAGACGCUGGAGAUGGAAGUUACGGCGAGAUGUCCUGCGUUGUCGUGGCGUUUCCAAGGCGCCGUAAAAACCUGGGCUUACAGUUGACACAGAAGGCGUUGGACUUCUGCAAAGAGCGAGGCUACACCCGCCUCGUUCUGGACAUCAGCUCACCACAGACGGCGGCCAUUGCCCUCUACCAAAAAUUAGGCUUUGUUCAAACAGCAUCCCACAGUAACACACAUGCUAAUCGCUGGUUCUCCAAACUGGCCAGAAUAAAUGUGAUGAGAAUGGAGAAGUUCAUUUAA